AUGGACCAACUUGUGAAGCAAAAGGAAUCAGCAAAAUUUAGAAAUUUGGUGACUGGUUUGUUAGUUUCUUUUUUACAGAUGGACAGGUCUGGAGGGAUGCAUGGCUUUGGUGGUGGUGAAAGAACUCCUCUUCUCAGUCGAGGAGUAAGCUUCCUUUAUUUUGUGUUUUCUUUUUCUUUGCCAUCUCUAGCUAGGGGAAGAAAGGGGAAUAAUGAUGCAUCUGAAAAUAAUCAGCUCGCGGACCUUGAGCGUGGAGAUGCAGUGGCAGCUGCAAAUGUGGGAUUUGGUCGAGUACUUUCACUUGCAAAGCCUGAUACGGGAAAGCUGAUUAUUGCUACGGUAGCUCUACUGAUUGGAUCCACAUCAAGUAUACUGAUUCCUAAAUUUGGUGGGAAGAUUAUAGACAUUGUGUCGGGAGAUUUAGAAACGCCUGAACUGAAAGCUGAAGCUUUACGUGCGGUCAACAACACCAUACUAGAAAUCUUUCUUAUUGUCAUAGUUGGUUCGGUUUGCACAGCACUCAGGGCUUGGUUGUUUUCUGCCACUAGUGAAAGGGUUGUUGCUCGGUUGAGAAAGAACUUAUUUAGUCACCUUAUUAACCAGGAGAUAGCCUUCUUUGAUGUAACUAGAACUGGAGAGCUACUAAGCAGGUUAUCUGAAGAUACCCAGAUCAUAAAAAAUGCUGCAACCACAAAUCUUUCUGAGGCCCUAAGAAAUGUGUCAACUGCACUUAUCGGUCUUGGCUUCAUGUUCGCAACAUCCUGGAAGCUGACUUUGUUGGCUUUGGUUGUUGUACCGGCUAUUUCUGUCGCUGUACGUCAAUUUGGCCGCUUCCUUCGUGAACUUUCUCACAAGACUCAAGCUGCAGCUGCAGCUGCUGCUUCAAUUGCUGAGGAAUCUUUUGGCGCUAUACGGACUGUCAGAUCUUUUGCACAAGAAGGUUAUGAGAUUUCACGCUAUUCUGAUAAAGUUGAUGAGACAUUAAAGCUUGGACUUAAGCAAGCUAAAGUGGUUGGACUCUUCUUUGGAGGUCUAAAUGCAGCAUCAACCCUCUCAGUGAUCAUAGUAGUGAUAUAUGGAGCUAAUUUGACAAUUACAGGGUCUAUGACCACUGGUGCUCUUACAUCCUUCAUUCUCUACAGCCUCACAGUUGGCGGCUCCAUAUCUGGCUUGUCGGGAUUGUACACGGUAGCAAUGAAAGCUGCGGGUGCCAGCAGGAGGGUUUUCCAGCUUCUUGAUCGUGUUUCAUCCAUGCCAAAGUCAGGAAAUAAGUGUCCUUUGGGUGAACAAGUUGGGGAUGUGGAAUUAGAUGAUGUCUGGUUUGCCUAUCCAUCCCGCCCCAACCAUAUGGUUCUCAAGGGAAUAACAUUGAAAUUGCAGCCUGGCUCAAAAGUUGCUCUUGUUGGCCCUAGUGGUGGAGGAAAAACCACAAUAGCAAACUUGAUUGAAAGGUUUUAUGACCCAAUUAAGGGAAAGAUUCUCUUAAAUGGGGUUCCUCUGGUAGAAAUUUCGCAUGAACAUCUACACAGAAAGAUCAGUAUAGUGAGCCAGGAGCCUGUUCUUUUCAACUGCUCUAUAGAGGAGAACAUAGCCUAUGGGUGUGAGGGUAAAGUCAGUAGCUUGGAUAUAGAAAAUGCAGCGAAAAUGGCCAAUGCACAUGAUUUCAUAUCAAAAUUCCCAGAUAAAUAUCAAACUUUCGUAGGAGAACGUGGGGUGAGACUUUCAGGAGGUCAGAAACAGAGAGUAGCAAUUGCCAGAGCCCUGCUGAUGGACCCCAGAAUUCUCCUCCUUGACGAAGCCACUAGUGCUUUGGAUGCUGAAAGUGAAUAUCUAGUGCAGGAUGCCAUGGAUUCUCUGAUGAAGGGAAGGACUGUUCUAGUUAUAGCCCACAGGCUAUCAACAGUUCAAAGUGCAGACACUGUGGCAGUUGUUUCUGAUGGUCAGAUAGUGGAGAAGGGCAGUCAUGAAGAGCUCCUUUGCAAGGAUGGGGUCUACACUGCGUUAGUGAAGAGACAACUACAAGGACCAACAACACAAAGUCUAGUUUAA